CUCUAAGCGCUCCUCUCCCUACCUCACCGUCUGUGUCUCCCUCGCUUCCGGUGACCUCGACGUCUACGAGCUAGCUCCGGUGCAGCGCUGGCCAACUCGGGACCCGUCUCGCUCGCCUACCCGAACACCUCGUUCUCUGCUGGAGGCCGCAGCGUUGGACCGAGGCCGUCGGAAUCCAUGGCCAUGACGCCGCCGACCUCCUUCCCUCCGGCGUCGCCGUCGUCCUACUUCAACAACAUGUCCGCCGGCUUCCUCGACUCGCCGAUCCUCCUCACCCCCAGCCUAUUCCCAUCGCCGACGACGGGCUCAUUCCCCUCGCAGCCGUUCAACUGGAUGGGGACGGCGCCGGAGAACGACGGCAGCCUGCAGCUGGGAAACGUCAAGGACGACCAGCAGCAGCGGCAGUACUCCGGCUUCACGUUCCAGACGACGGCGACGGUUCCGGCGGCCAUGGCCGGAACCAACAACACGACGGCGUCCUCCUUCCUUCCGUCGUCCAUGCCCAUGGCGGCUCAACUGGGGCAGGACUCGUACAACAACGGCGAGCAGCAGCAGCAGCAGCCGUGGAGCUACCAGGACGCGGGAAGCAUGGACGGGAUGACCACGAGGCCGGCGAGCUUCAGCACGCCGUUCGAGGCGCCUGAGAUGGCCGGCAGCAACGGCAGCUACAACAGCGGUGCCCAAGUGUCGACGACGGCGGGCGGGUACGGGCGCGUGCAGAGCCGGCGGCCGUCGUCGGACGACGGGUACAACUGGCGCAAGUACGGGCAGAAGCAGAUGAAGGGUAGUGAGAACCCGCGCAGCUACUACAAGUGCUCAUUCGCCGGCUGCAGCACCAAGAAGAAAGUGGAGCAGGCGCCCGACGGGCAGGUGACGGAGAUCGUGUACAAGGGCACGCACAACCACCCCAAGCCGCAGAACCCGCGCCGGGGAUCCGUCGGCGUCCCGGCGUCGUCGUACGCCCCGGACGCGUCGAGCGACGCGCUGUCCGGCACGCCCGAGCACUCGUCGGCGUCCUACGGGGACGACGAGGCCAACAACGGCGUGAGCUCGGCGCUGGCCGGACAGUUCGGCGGCGGGGAGGAGUUCGGGGACGAUGAGCCGGAUUCCAAGAGGUGGAGGGGAGACGGCGACGGCGAGGGGAUGCCGUUGGCGGUGGCUAACGCGAACCGGACGGUGCGGGAGCCGAGGGUGGUGGUGCAGACGAUGAGCGACAUCGACAUCCUGGACGACGGCUACCGGUGGCGCAAGUACGGGCAGAAGGUGGUGAAGGGCAACCCGAACCCGCGGAGCUACUACAAGUGCACCACGGCGGGCUGCCCCGUGCGGAAGCACGUGGAGCGCGCGUCGCAGGACCUGCGCGCCGUGGUGACCACCUACGAGGGCAAGCACAACCACGACGUGCCCGCUCUGCGCGGCAGCGCCGCCGCCGCCGCGCGCUACCGCGCCACCGCGCCGCAGCUGGCCGUCGCGAGCUACCACCAGGGCGGCGGCUACUCCAGCCUCCGUCCCGACGGGUUCGGCGCGCCGGCGCAGCCCGCGGACCAGAGCGGGUUCGCGCUCUCCGGGUUCGGCUACGACAACACGUCUGCGUCGUCCUACUCGUACGCCGGCAUGCAGCAGCAACAGCAGCAGCAGAACGACGCGAUGUACUACGACGCGUCGAGGACCAAGGACGAGCCGAGGGACGACAUGUUCUUCGAGCACUCGCUCAUGUUCUGAACUUCUUCUGAUCACUGAAACGUUUCCAGCUUCAACGCCGAUCGAAACCAGAUGGGAGGAAAUGGGUAGUACAAAUCUAGGGAUAUUGUUCGUUUUUUGUUCGUUUUUUUGACUGUGUGGAUAGGUCUCCGGUCACGAUUUUUUUUGGAGGCCACUGGCAGCUGCCGAAACGGUGGUGGAGCAUGGCCUUCAGUUAACACUUUGCACAAGGCAGGGACUUAGAAAAGAUUUGUUAAUUUAGCUUAUAGGGAAUAAGACUGUAAUGUAGCCGAUUAAUGUUCUUUUUCUGCAGUUAAGACUA